UCUCCUUCUUCUUUACUCCUUACAAUUAAUCUUUCUCUUACUUUUCUUACAAAAUUACUGUCCCUCUUAAGUUCUUACCAUCCAACAAGUUUACAUACUGGGAGAAGAAAAUAUAUUACUUAUGGCCUCAAGCUCUCUCAUCAAACAAAAGCCUUCUGACUCCUCUUGGACGCCAAAACAGAAUAAACUGUUUGAGAAAGCACUUGCAAAAUAUGAUAUCGAUACCCCAGAUCGCUGGCAGAAUGUAGCUAAAGCAGUUGGUGGCAAAUCUGCAGAAGAGGUUAAGAGACACUAUGAAAUCCUCUUGGAGGAUCUGAGACACAUAGAAUCUGGCCGUGUUCCCAUUCCCAAAUACAAGUCCAAAGUAAGCAGCAACAAUGUUGAUGAAGAAGAGAGGUUUCUGAAAUAUCUUAAGCUGAAUUGAUUUGAAGCAAUGCCGGAGUUAUUAUCAGCUAUUCACUGCACGUACGUGAUGCACCGUCAAUCUGCAGAAAUAUCUUCAUCUUUCUACGUAUUGGGGUCUCUGUCUGUUCCAUU